UAAUUUUUUCGGAUCUUGACGAGUCUACGAUUGAGCAUAUGCUGAGACAGUUACGUAAACUACCAUGGACUGAAUGUGAACCGUACAUUUUGAAGUGUUUCUUGAAGGUUCAUAAGGGAAAAUAUGGUCAGAUUCAUUUGAUUGCGUCUCUCACUGCUGGUCUGAGUCGCUAUCAUGAUGAUUUUGCAGUAGCUGUUGUUGAUGAGGUUUUGGAAGAAAUCAGGCUAGGAUUAGAGUUGAAUGACUAUGGUAUGCAGCAACAGCGCAUUGCCCCUAUGCGUUUCUUGGGGGAAUUAUACAACAAUGAGCUUGUCGAUUCAUCUGUCAUUUUUGAUACACUCUAUUUGAUUCUUGUUUUUAGCCAUGGGACUGCAGAGCAAGAUACAUUGGAUCCACCAGAAGACUGUUUUCGCAUCAGGAUGGUUAUCAUACUUCUAGAGACUUGUGGGCAUUAUUUUGAUAGAGGUUCGUCGAAGAGAAAACUCGAUCGGUUCUUAAUUCAUUUCCAAAGAUACAUAUUAAGCAAAUGUGCACUGCCACUGGAUAUUUAGUUUGA